UAGGAGCAGCAGCAGCGUGUUUCUGCUGGAUGCAGUCAGUCAGUGUUGAGACUCACAGGUUUCAGCUGGCGAUCAACGAACUAGAGUUGAACUACUUGGAAAACGGGCAAGGUCAGAUUGAGGGAGUUAAAAAGCAUCGGACUAUUUUUUUUUUCUGGGAGUUUUAUUUACGGAGAAGCGAAGAAAGAUUCCACAGCGAUCACUUUGGACUUGAUGAAAAAGUCAAAGAAGUCCCGCUCUUGAAGACACCAGCGGAAUAUGAUUUUGAAUCAAGGGAACUUAUAACACUGUUGCUCGCUAACAGGAUGAAUCUCCGCUCGCUCCAUGCCGUCAUGCUGCUGUGGGCCUUGUGCCCCAGUGUGCAGUUCCAGUGUGAUAAAUCACCGGUGACCAACAAACUGAACCUCUCCGUCAACUACGAGCUGCCGACGUUCACUGCAGACUUCCCCAUCCAGAACAUGGUGACGCUUGACGGGAUCAUCUACGUCGGAGCCGUAAACCGAAUCUACGCCCUGUCUCCGAACCUCACAAAGCUGUCGGAGUACCGCACGGGGCCGCUGCUUGCCAACGAGACCUGCGGCCAGAAACUGUCCAGCGCGAGCAGCAGCGGCGGCAGGGUGGACAACCACAACAUCGCUUUGGUGGUGGAGAACAUUUACGACAAGGGCUUGUACAGCUGCGGCUCGGCAGACAAUGGCGUUUGCCGCCGCCACGUCCUGGACGACGACACUGGCCCGAAAACCGUAGACGAGCAGGUCUACUGCUUUGCUGACAGGGUGAGGCAACACAAGGGUCAACCCAGCGACUCAGAUGUUGUGGUCAGCCCUUCCGGCUCUCAGGUACUCAACGUGGAAAGCAACGUCAUCACGUUUUUCGUCGGGAACUCUGAGAUCCCAGGCAUGGGAAACACAUCGGGCAGUGCGACACAUCCUCAUACCAUUUCCCUGCGGAAGAUGAAGACGAGCCAGAACGGCUUCACUUUCUUCUCCAGGCGCUCGUACAUGGACUUAAUUUCGCCUCUACGUGGAAACUACUACCUGCGAUACGUUUACUCCUUCCACAGUGGACCUUUCACUUACUUCCUCACAGUGCAGCGGGUGAACAGGGACUCCCAGGCCUACCACACGCGCAUUGUCCGUAUGUGCUCCUCGGACCCCGUGAUCCGCCGUUACGUGGAGAUGCCCCUCGAAUGCAUCAGCACCGAUAAAAGGCGGCGCCGCUCCGCGGAAGAUGUGAAGGUAUUCAACAUCCUCCAGGCUGCCCACGUCACCAAAGUGGGCAAUGACGUUGAGCUGCAGAAGCAGCUGAAAGUGGAGGAAGGCGAUGACGUCCUGUUCGCCGCCUUUGCCCGGGGGAAGCCGAACUCUCCGGAGCCGACCCCUAACUCAGCCGUCUGCGUCAUAACCCUGAAACACAUCAACAACAUGUUCAAGAUGUACAUGCAGAGGUGCAACACAGUAGACCCGUAUCACUUCACUGGAUCAGAGCAGAAGUCCUGCUACAAUGUGAGUUCAUCGGACGACUGCGACCCACAUGAGGGAAUCCAUGAAGGGAAAGAGGGCAAGUACCGCCUGCAGGUGACCCAGUUUGUCCAAAGGCUGGAGUACUGGCACAAAGAGCUGACCAACACCUUGGUUACCUCUAUCACUGUGAUGCCGGUACAUGGCCGCGCAGUGGCAUACCUGGGCACCGCCGACGGACGCCACAUACAGGUGCUGUUCUCCCGAUUUGCCGCUCCUCACGUCAACAUCCGCCUGGACUCGAGACCCGUCUCCGCCAGUGUAGCCCUGCUGGACGCGGACGGCUCAAACGGAACCCUGCUAAUGGCCACAGGGAACAAGAUCACUAUGGUCCCUCUGAUAGGGCCCGGCUGUGGUCAGCUGACCACCUGUACUUCCUGUUUGUUGUCGUCACGGGUGACAGAAUGUGGCUGGUGCGAUGGACGCUGCACCAGAGCUAACCAGUGUCCCUCCUCCUCCCUCUGGACCCAGGACUACUGCACACCCGUCAUCACUAAGAUUUUUCCAACCUCUGGACCAAUACGAGGCUCCACAGUGGUGACGAUGUGCGGCAGCAACUUCGGCUUCGACAAGACGGAGAGCUUCAAGGCUUCUCUGGUAACAGUGGAGGUGGCAGGAGCUCCCUGCAAACUGCCCAGACAAGACAACAUCAACAGGUGGACUGAGAUGCAGUGUACCCCGGUGUUCAGUGGGAACUUCACCCCAUCAGGACACACAGUGAGGGUCACCAGUGGCCAUAAGGUAGCCACAAUGGAGGGCUUCACCUUCGUGGACCCUGUGAUCCACGAAAUCUUCCCGACAUUCGGGCCAAAGUCCGGAAACACCAUGCUGACCAUCAGGGGAGCCUUCCUGGAUACUGGGAACAAGCGAGAGGUGACCGUAGGGAAAGUAGCCUGUAAGAUCCAGAGCUUGUCGUCCGCCAUGCUUACCUGUAAGACGCCUCCACACGCAGUUCCCUCCAAGCUCCCCGUGAAGCUGACGGUGGAUUCAGUGGAGCUCCACGCGCCCGUGCAGUUCACCUACAACGAGGACCCCAUCAUCAAAAGCAUCCAGCCGUCACGCUCCUUCGUCAGCGGAGGCUGCACGGUGUCGGCUCACGGCUCCUUCCUCCAGUCCGGCCUCCAGCCCCAGAUGGUCCUCACCACCGGUCAGGAUGCUGAGGUCUUCCAAGUGAGCUGUGUGUACGCUGAGAACCGGACGUCCAUCCAGUGCACCACGCCCUCUCUGGCCAAACUGGCUCUGCAGCCGCCUGUGGUCACCAAGGUGGCGUUCGUCCUGGACGGCUACUCCACAGACCAGUGGGACCUGAUCUACGUGGAGGAUCCCCACUUCCAAGACCCCAAGCUCACAUCCAAGGACAACAAGAGCAUCGUGGAACUCAAGGGUGACCACAUGGACAGGGAGGCGAUGAAGUGUCAGGUUCUGACCGUGUCCAACCACAGCUGUGAGACUCUGACUCUGAUCGGGAACACUCUGGAGUGCCUGGUCCCCACCGAGCUGCAGGCCGCCACCGCCAACGGGCUGCAGGUGGAGUGGCGCCAGGCGGACUCCAUCAGGCAUCUGGGCAAGGUGACGCUGGCCCAGGAGCAGGACUACGCCGGCCUGAUCGUGGGCUGCGUGUGUGUCAGCCUGCUGCUGCUGCUGCUGGGAUCGCUGCUCAUGUGGAGGAGGAACAAACACAUUGACGAUCUGUCUGAGGUGUGGUAUGAUGGGCGGGGUCACAUCCAGCAUCUGGACAGGCUGGCUAACGCGAGGAGCGUCAGCCCCACUAACGAAAUGGUCUCCCACGAGUCAGUCGACUAUAGAACAACCCUGCUGGAGGACCAGGGCACAGACAGGCCCGAGACGUGCCGCGGGGCUCCUCCCAUCUACGGGGGCAACGGGGAGCUGCUCUCUCCCAGACUGGGGACACUGGGAGGCGGGAUGGGUCGGGGAAUCGAGGGCGAGCUGGUGUCCCCUCUACUGAUGGCCCCGGUCCACAUCGACCCGUCAUGCCUCCACCCAGACCUGCUGACUGAGGUGCAGCAUGUGGUGAUCGCCCGGGAGCAGCUGCUGCUCCACCUCAACCAAGUCAUCGGCAGAGGUCACUUCGGCUGUGUCUUCCAUGGAACUCUGCUGGAGCUAGACGGGCAGAAGCAGCACUGUGCUGUCAAGUCCUUGAACCGCAUCACAGAUCUGGAAGAGGUGUCCCAGUUCCUGAAGGAAGGGAUCAUCAUGAAGGACUUCAGCCACCCAAACGUUCUCUCUCUGCUGGGAAUCUGCCUGCCGCCAGAGGGCUCGCCGCUGGUGGUUCUGCCCUACAUGAAGCACGGCGACCUGCGCAACUUCAUUCGCGAUGAAGGACAUAACCCAACAGUGAAGGACCUGAUGGGCUUCGGGCUGCAGGUGGCCAGAGGGAUGGAGUAUCUGGCCAGCAAGAAGUUUGUCCACAGAGACCUGGCUGCCAGGAACUGCAUGCUGGAUGAGAGCUACACAGUGAAGGUGGCAGACUUCGGACUGGCCAGAGACGUUUAUGAUAAAGAAUAUUACAGCGUCCACAACAAGAGUGGAGUCAAGCUGCCCGUCAAGUGGAUGGCUCUGGAGAGUCUGCAGACACACAAGUUCACACCCAAGUCCGACGUGUGGUCAUUUGGCGUGUUGCUAUGGGAACUGAUGACCCGUGGCGCCCCACCGUAUUCGGACGUGAACUCCUUCGACAUCACCGUGUUCCUCCUGCAGGGGAGGAGGCUGCUGCAGCCCGAGUUCUGCCCUGACGCCCUCUACACGCUGAUGAUCGAGUGUUGGCAUCCGAAGCCCGAGCGGCGGCCCUCCUUCCACGAGCUGGUGUCCCGCAUCGCCACCAUCUUCUCCAGCUUCAGCGGCGAGCACUACGUCCUGCUCAACACCACCUACGUCAACAUCGAAAAGAUGAGCCCUUACCCCUCGCUCCUCGCCUACUCCACCAACACCCCCACCGUCGUCGCGUCCUCCUUCAUGUCUUCCUCAUCCGACCCCUCCACCUCCACGUCGCUGCCAACCAUGUCCCCCCUCUUUUGCCACGUGGAGCGAGACUGCUGCACCUGAGAGAGAGAGAGAGAGAGAGAGAGAGAGAGAGAGAGAGAGAGAGAGAGAGAGAGAGAGAGAGAGAGAAUGGAGGGAAGGUGGAAAAAGACUCAGACACUGAGAAACAAAAAGGAGCAAAGGAAGAAAGCAGCGAGGCGAUGAAGAACUACUGUACGUACUGGCCAAACACUGGACCCUGUAGGCUGAGGGGGGGGGAAAAAACAACAGUUUCGAGAGCUUUGACUGUUCACUCAAUGUACAUAGAUCGUCUGACCUUUGACCCCUUUCGAAACCAUCGCCAGACCACAGGGUUCUCCAUGAACUAUAGGGGCUGACCUUAUGGACUUUUCUGGCCUUUUAUCGACCCCCGAGGAGCAGGAGAUCAGUCUUUCCUGCUUCUCUCUACAUGACCAUUACAACACAGGGAACUCCUCCUCAAAGAGUCCCAGCGGACAAAGGCCACUGUCAAGCAAGCACAACGCUAUUCAUCAAACACCCCCCCCCCACCAAAAAAAAA